AUGGAGGAACAAGUAAAGCAGAUGAAGGCUAUGCUCCCAGAAAUGAAAAAAGAAAUGGGCGCAAGAAUGGAAAAAAUGGACGCAAGAAUGGAAAGAAUGGGCUUAAGCGUGGAAGAAAUGAACCAAAAAAUGAAUGCAACAAUAGAAGAGAUGAACGAAAAAAUGGACGCAAGAGUGGAAAAGAUGAACGAAAACAUAGCCAAGCAAAAACAUGAGAUAUUUACCAGCCUAAGUGAAAAGUUCCAAAAGGAGGUGGAAGCAAACAAGAAUGAAAUAGAAGAAAGCAGAGAAGAAAUGAAGGACGUAAAAACAAAUCUGGAAAAUAUAGAAAAUAUUGUCGUGGCGAUGCUGUAUUUUUUUCUAGCUCUAACUGGUGACAAAUAUAAUAGGGAGACCAAAUGUUAG